AUGGCAAAAUUAGAUUUUAAAGAUAAAGUUGUCAUUAUUACCGGUGCCGGUGGUGGUUUAGGUAAAUAUUAUUCAUUAGAAUUUGCAAAAUUGGGUGCAAAAGUUGUUGUAAAUGAUUUAGGUGGUGCUUUAAAUGGUCAAGGUGGUAAUUCAAAAGCUGCAGAUGUUGUUGUUGAUGAAAUUAAAUCAAAAGGUGGUGUAGCAGUUGCUGAUUAUAAUAACGUUUUAGAUGGUGAUAAAAUUGUUGAAACUGCAGUUAAAAAUUUUGGUACUGUUCAUAUUGUUAUAAAUAAUGCAGGUAUCCUUAGAGAUUCAUCAAUUAAAAAAAUGACUGAAAAAGAUUUUAAAUUAGUUAUUGAUGUUCAUUUAAAUGGUGCUUAUGCUGUUACCAAAGCGGCAUGGCCAUAUUUCCAAAAACAAAAAUUUGGUAGAAUUGUAAAUACUGCUUCACCAGCUGGUUUAUAUGGUAAUUUUGGUCAAACAAAUUAUUCAGCUGCAAAGUCUGCUUUGGUUGGUUUUGCUGAAACCCUUGCAAAAGAAGGUGAUAGAUAUAAUAUUAAAGCAAAUACUAUUGCUCCAUUAGCAAGAUCAAGAAUGACUGAAUCAAUUUUACCACCUCCAGUUUUGGAAAAAUUGGGUCCUGAAAAAGUUGCUCCAUUAGUUUUAUAUUUAUCUCAUGAAGCUACUGAAUUAUCCGGUCAAACUUUUGAAGUUGCUGCUGGUUUCUAUGGUCAAAUUAGAUAUGAAAGAUCUGGUGGCAUUUUAUUUAAACCAGAUGAAUCAUUUACAACUGAAGUUUUAGCUAAAAGAUUUAAUGAGAUUUUAGAUUUUGAUGAUUCUAAAAAACCAGAAUAUUUAAAAAAUCAACAUCCAAUUAUGUUGAAUGAUUAUCCAACUUUAACUGCUGAAGCUAGAAAAUUACCAUCAAAUGAUGCUUCAGGUGCUCCAAAAGUUACAUUAAAAGAUAAAGUUGUUUUAAUUACUGGUGCAGGUGCUGGUUUAGGUAAAGAAUAUGCAAAAUGGUUUGCUAAAUAUGGUGCUAAAGUUGUUGUUAACGAUUUUAAAGAUGCUUCAAAAACUGUUGAAGAAAUUAAACAAGCUGGUGGUGAAGCUCAUGCUGAUCAACAUGAUGUUGCAACUGAUGCAGAAGCAAUUAUUAAAAAUGUUGUUGAUAAAUAUGGUACUAUUGAUGUUUUAGUUAAUAACGCAGGUAUCUUAAGAGACAGAUCAUUUGCUAAAAUGACUAAACAAGAAUGGGAUCAAGUUCAAGCUGUUCAUUUAUUUGGUACAUUUAAUUUAUCAAGAUUAGCAUUCCCAAUUAUGGCUGAAAAGAAAUAUGGUAGAAUUGUUAAUAUUACUUCAACUUCAGGUAUUUAUGGUAAUUUUGGUCAAGCAAAUUAUUCAGCUGCUAAAUCUGGUAUUAUUGGUUUAUCAAAAACUUUAGCAAUUGAAGGUGCUAGAAAUAAUAUUAAAGUUAAUAUUGUUGCUCCACAUGCUGAAACUGCAAUGACUUUAACAAUCUUCAGAGAAGAAGAUAAAAACUUGUAUCAUGCUGAUCAAGUUGCCCCAUUAUUAGUUUAUUUAGGUUCAGAAGAAGUUCCAGUUACCGGUGAAACCUUUGAAAUUGGUGGUGGAUGGGUUGGUAAUACGAGAUGGCAAAGAGCUAAAGGUGCAGUUUCAAAAGAUGAUGUUACAACUGUUGAUUUUAUUGCUGAACAUAUUGAAGAUGUUACUGAUUUCUCAAAAGAUACAGAAAAUCCAAAAUCUACUACAGAAUCAUCAAUGGCUAUUUUAUCAGCAGUUGGUGGUGAUGAUGAUGAUGAAGAAGAAGAAGAUGAAGGUGAUGAAGAAGAAGAAGAUGAAGAUGAAGAAGAAGAUGAUCCAGUUUGGAAAUUCAAUGAUAGAGAUGUUAUUUUAUAUAAUAUUGCUCUUGGUGCUACAAGUAAACAAUUGCACUAUGUUUAUGAAAAUGAUUCUGAUUUCCAAGUUAUUCCAACAUUUGGUCAUUUAAUUACUUUUAAUUCAGGUAAAUCACAACAUUCAUUUGCUAAAUUAUUAAGAAAUUUCAAUCCAAUGUUUUUAUUACAUGGUGAACAUUAUUUAAGAGUUCAUAAAUGGCCACCACCAACUGAAGGUGAAAUUAAAACUUCAUUCCAACCAUUGGCUACUACUCAAAAAGGUACCAACACUAUUGUUGUUCAUGGUUCACAAUCUGUUGAUAACAAAACUGGUGAAACUUUAUAUUCAAAUGAAGCUACUUAUUUCAUUAGAAAUUGUCAAGCUGAUACUAAAUCUUAUGGUGAUAGAAGAUCAUUUGCAACUAAUCAAUGGACUGCACCAAAAAGAGAACCAGAUUAUACUGUUGAUGUACAUGUUUCAGAAGAUCAAGCUGCAUUAUAUAGAUUAACUGGUGAUAGAAAUCCAUUACAUAUUGAUCCAAAUUUUGCAAAAGGUGCUAAAUUCCCAAAACCAAUUUUGCAUGGUAUGUGUACUUAUGGUUUAUCAGCUAAAGUUUUAAUUGAUAAAUUUGGUAUGUUUGAUGAAAUUAAAGCAAGAUUUACUGGUAUUGUUUUCCCAGGUGAAACUUUAAGAAUUUUAGCAUGGAAAGAAGGUGAAAAUGUUAUUUUCCAAACUCAUGUUGUUGAUAGAGGUACUAUUGCAAUUAAUAAUGCUGCUAUUAAAUUGGUUGGUGAUAAAGCCAAAAUUUGA